CCAUGUAACAUCAACAUUAUAAAGAGGGAACACGACGCACAAAGAUCGAGCGAUUCUGAUCAAGGAGGAUAAAUACUGAAGAAAGAUUUUUAUUUUGGAGAGAUUUGCUUUCGCUGACCGGAAUAUAUACAGUUAAGUUUUGACUUUGGAAUACAUAUCUUCUGUUGUGUGGAAUAUAGAUUGUGAAUCCACGUUGAAUGAGAAAUCUGAAAGAACAAUGAAACGGCAACUACUGCUGUUUGUCGCUCUCCUUUCCUUCGGACCAGUCUUCGGGCAGGUCAGUUACUCGAUUCCGGAGGAAAUGUCUAGAGGCUCUUUAGUUGGAAACAUAGCACAGGAUUUAGGUUUAGAAAUUAAACGUUUAAUAUCAGGAAAAGCUAAGAUCUAUAGCAGAAAUAGCGACCAAUUCAUCGAGCUGAACAGAGAAAGAGGAGUCCUCCUCAUCAAGGAGAGAAUAGACAGAGAGGCGCUGUGCACAGAGACGGUGCUUUGUGCUUUACAUUUUCAGAUCCUUUUGGAGAAUCCGAUGGAAUUUUAUACGGUUACAGUACAGAUCACAGACAUCAAUGAUAAUGCACCAACCUUUGAAAAAAGCGAAAUGAAUUUCAAAAUUAGCGAGUCUGCAACUGCCGGCUCAAAAUUUGUUUUGGAACGGGCUGUGGAUCUUGAUGUUGGUAUGAAUGCGGUUCAAAACUACGAUUUAAAGUCGACCAACAAUUUUGCUCUGAGACUGCACAGUAACCCCGAUGGACAGAAAAACGUUGAGAUGGUACUGCAGAAACCUUUAGACAGAGAGAAACAAGAGCAGAUAUCCCUCGUGUUAACAGCUGUAGAUGGAGGAGAGCCACAGAUGUCAGGAACAAUGCAGAUUCUCAUUACAGUUUUAGACGUUAAUGAUAAUGCUCCGGUUUUUACACAGCAAACAUACAAAGCUACAGUCACUGAGAAUUCACCUAAAGGAACAGUCGUUGUUACUGUUACAGCGUCAGACGCAGAUCAAGGCUCUAACAGUAAAAUAACAUAUUCAAUCACAAAUACGUUAGGUAACGUAAAGAAAAUGUUUGAAGUAAACACAGAAAACGGGCAAGUUUCAUUGGUUGAAACCAUUGAUUUUGAAAAAACAAAACGCUUCCAAAUAAAUAUAGGCGCAAGUGAUGAGGGGGGACUCACGGAUUCUUGUAAACUGAUUGUUGAUGUUCUGGAUGUAAACGACAAUAAACCUGAAAUCAACAUAAUGUCCAAAUCAACUGUGAUAUCAGAGGAUGCUAAUCUCAACACAGUAGUUACAAUGAUAAAUGUUGAGGACUUAGAUUCUGGAGACAGUGGGAUCGUGAAAUGCUUUAUCAGCGAAAAUGCACCAUUUAUUAUAAAAUCAUCAACAAAUAAUUUCUAUACCUUAGUAACAGACAGUGAAUUAGACAGAGAGAGAUCCUCUGAGUAUAACAUCACUGUGACCUGCUCUGAUGAGGGAGUGCCCUCCCUCUCCAGCAGCGUCACUCUCAACCUACAGAUCUCAGACGUUAAUGAUAACGCACCUGUCUUUGAGAGGAGCUCAUAUGAGGCCUAUAUUGUAGAAAACAACACGCCAGGUCUCUCUAUAUUCACAGUCAAGGCCACAGACGCUGACUGGAACCAGAACGCCCGUGUUUCUUACAUACUGGAGGACUCCUCCGUUAACGGAGUGCCAGUCUCCUCGUAUGUGUCCGUUAGUGCUGAUAGUGGAGUCAUCCAUGCAGUGCGUUCUUUUGACUACGAGCAGAUCAAAGAUUUCCACUUCCGCGUAAAAGCGCAGGAUGGAGGCUCUCCUCCACUCAGCAGCAAUGUGACUGUGAAAAUAAUGAUCCAAGACCAGAACGACAACCCCCCUCAGGUUCUGUACCCAGUCCAGACUGGUGGCUCUCUGGUGGCUGAAAUGGUGCCUCGUUCAGCGGAUGUGGGCUAUCUGGUGACUAAAGUUGUGGCUGUUGAUGUGGACUCUGGACAGAAUGCCUGGCUCUCCUAUAAACUGCAGAAAGCCACAGACAGGGCGCUGUUUGAAGUGGGCUUACAGAAUGGAGAAAUCAGAACUAUCCGCCAAGUCACUGAUAAAGAUGCUAUCAAACAAAGACUGACUGUUAUAGUGGAGGACAACGGGCAGCCCUCUCGUUCAGCUACAGUCAUUGUUAACGUGGCGGUGGCGGACAGCUUCCCUGAAGUACUGUCGGAGUUCACUGAAUUGACACACGACAAGGAGUACAAUGACAACCUGACUUUUUACUUAGUCUUGGCUCUGGCUGUAGUUUCCUUCCUCUUCAUCACGUGUUUAGUGGUUAUUAUAUCAGUCAAAAUCUACAGGUGGAGACAGUCUCGCAUCCUGUAUCACUCCAACCUGCCUGUCAUUCCAUAUUAUCCACCUCGAUACUCAGACACUUUGGGAACAGGCACUCUGCCACAUGUGUACAAUUACGAGGUGUGCAGGACGACUGACUCCAGAAAGAGUGACUGUAAGUUCGGCAGAGCUGGUAGUCAGAACGUGCUGAUAAUGGACCCCAGUUCUACAGGAACGAUGCAGCGGAUACAGAGUGAAAAGAGCAUCCUGGACGAACCAGACUCUCCUCUGGAGGUCAGUUAUAAAUGUGACUUCAACUUUCUGUCAUAA